AUGAGUCACUGGCAUGAGGACUGGUGCGUCGCGCCAAAGGUUGUGCUUGUGCGCCCUGAUGCAAAGCCCCGUUGCGACAAUUGCAACAAAUCGCCUGAUGUCGAGGCUUUAAGGGCCAGCAUCGCAGCGUCACACUCGACCACUGAACCUCCUCCAGAUGAGUCGCCGGGGCAGCUGAAUCUUUUUUGGCCGCCGACUGUACAGUACGGAAAGUUGGCCAGUACAGAUAGCUUGAGGGACGGGCUGGACGGGACUAUUGCAAGGGAAACAACUUCUUCGGUGGCAGGACACAGCUAUCGUAACGACACGCUCGUGAGGCACUUUUCAUUGGUGUAUGACAGGCGACUAGAGGUCGACGAAUUUCGUCUCUUAGUCCUCCAACCGUCCGAAAACGAGAACGACCCAGUGCACGUGAUGCUCGAGACAUAUCACGACGACGACUGUCCUGAAUACGAGACUGUUUCGUAUACAUGGGGCGGCGAGGAAGAUGAUGCAGCUCUGUGCCGCCCCGUCUACUUCGGCCCAGGGUGGGAAGUCAUCUUCCAGACCAAGAAUUGUCAUGCCAUGCUCUGCCACCUGAGACCAAAGCGCGGCCUCAGACUGCUCUGGGUUGACGCGCUUUGCAUCAAUCAAGGCGACUCGCAAGAGAGAGGGAUACAAGUUGCAAAGAUGGGUAGCAUAUAUGGCAGUUCACGUCGAGUCGUUGUCUUUCUCGGGCCUGAGAUUAUCACACCGCUCGCCCCUACGUCAAGAUACCCCGCUCGACGUGGCCUUGAGGAGCUGGCGCAUAGAAAGAUCGACCAUGACGACAGAGGUCUUCACUCUGUCCUGGAACGAAGGUAUUUUGGAAGGAUCUGGGUGGUGCAGGAAUUACUGCUACCACGAGAAGUGCUCAUGCGCGUGGGGGAUAAGGAAUACGUGGCAAACUAUCGCUUGACCUCUUUAAUCCACGAGCAGAAUCCAGACUGGGAUUGGCACACCACAGCCGCUCCAUGGCUCGGCAGAAUCUCCCAGGGCCGGCAGUCUACCGUAGCCACGCAUCUCCUGAGGCUCGCAGCAGGGUGCGCAGCAUCGGACCCGCGAGAUCUGAUCUUUGGCCUCCUGGGUUUGCUUCCCAUGAAGUGGGCGCUCGAGGCCAACUACUCCCUGAGCACUCGUCACGUCCACGUCGGAUUUCUGGCACACUGCCUCCUGAACUGCAGAGACUUGGGUGUUUUUCAGUUUGCGGGGCGGCGGGAUCUAACCUCACUACCCUCUUGGACACACCCUAUUGGUAGAGGCAGCCGGGAAGCCGAGUGGCUGCCUCUUGUGCCAAAACGUCCUGGAAAAGGGGUACCAUUGGGGUGCAGUGCUGAUAGUAGUGAUGAUGAUUAUGAUAGUGAUCAAGACGGGUUGCAGAGUAAUGUCAGCAAUUCAUGUGGCGAUCGAUGCUUUUACCACCCUUUGCAACAAGACAAGCUGAAUAUCCCUGCGGACCUUGCCUGGUGGAGCUCGGCCAGGAUAGACAGUAUGGAUGGCUCCUUGACAAUGAGACUGGUCCAUCUUAUGCCCGUGUUGGCCGAGCCAAGUGUGGCUGUCAACGAUGCAGGCUUCACCCUUUACACUUUUGCGCCUCCUGGUGGUCAAGAGCUGCGACUUGGCCUCACUUAUCAGCAGGACUACCCGGAUCACUAUACCGACAGUGGAGAGGAAGAUUCUUCAACGCUCUCAAUACUUUUCAAGGGAAUAAGGUUGGUGUGCCAGACAGCAAUUGGUGAAGCUACCCUAGAUUGGAAUCCAGACCGAGAUCACAUAUUUAUUCUCGGCUCAGAGAGCUCGCAACUGAUCCCCUUGGUCUUGAGAGAGAUACCGCAUCACCCCCAAGGGUAUCGUCUGGUUUUUUGUGGUCACAAGCUGGACAUGAUGUUCCAAUUCGACGACGACGACGACUCGACCGGUGGGUUCGAGUUCUCCAAGCAUUUUGGGCUGUUGAGUGAGACAGUUAAAGACAGGCUGCAACUCAUCAGAAACGCGAAAGGGAGUAGCUUGACACUAUUCCAUCAAGUUGUUAGGACUUGGUUGAGUGGGGGAUGGAGCUUAUUUUGUGACUCUACACAGGGUCACGAACUAUGUAUGGGCAAGAUGUGGAGAAAUUUGAUCCCAAAGCCGCCCCCUAGGCCCCCUAGCCUUGGCUCUGUGCCACCCAUCUUUGAGGAUGAUAACCAGCCAGAUCCUCCUGUUGUGGACGAACGACAUCUGGCGACACCGGCGAUCGAAUUUAUCGUCACAGAUAUGACCGAGUCGGCGGAUGUGAGGAGCGUGUCAGAGAAAAUUUGGCGGAGCUAUAGGGGCAUGAAGUCAACAUCGUGUAGCGCAGAACAGUAUCUGCGUCGCCUGCGCAACAGGUACACAUUAAUCCCGACCGAAGGGGUGCGCUUCUGUCCCACCGACUACCACGAAGGAAGUUGGACUCCUCCGAAAGACGCUCCUGCUGCUCCGGAUUGGCCAGAGAAUAUUGUGGACGCUUAUCAUAUUGAUGGCGGUGUGUAUGAGGUGACCAUCUUUUGA